AUGCAGCAGAGGCAUGCGGAGGAGAUGAGGGCGCUAAGGGCCGAACGGGGCCCUCCCGAGCGGUCUGCCUCAAAUCGAGAGAAUGCUAAUGAGGCAAGCCAUAAUCGCGCCAACCCGAACGGCCGGGCUAGAAGGGAACCAGCACCUCUGCAGGUCGUUCGGCCUACCAGUUUAUUUCCCUUCACGGCGACUAUCAUGCAAACCCCAAUGCCAGAGAGAACUCCCCCCAUAUUGGACAAGUAUGAUGGUUCGGUUGAUCUAGAUAAUCACCUAAGGACGUUCAGUAAUGCAAUGACGUUCUAUACGAACAGCGACCCGGACAUGUGCAGAGCCUUCUCAUUAUCACUUAAGGAAGAGGCAUUGGAAUGGUAUAACACUCUUCCUCCCAACAUAGUGGAUUGCUUCGCUACUGUGGAAAACCUCUUUAGAAGGCAAUACGCAUCCAAUCAGAAACAGGAGAUAACACCGGCGGAGUUGGUAAAUACUAAGCAGGAGAAAGGAGAAACUUUGAGGACUUUUAUGAAAAGGUAUACUGAAACCACGAGACGGGUUAAAGAGAUCGAUCAAUCUUUUAUUAUCAACAAUUUGCCUUCAUGCACGAGACCAGGAUAUUUUGCGGAAAAAUUGUAUGCACGACCACCAAAAAAUAUGGAGGAGCUCCAAGAGAGAGCAAUUGAGUUCAUCCGUAUGGAGGAAAUGCGAUUAUCACAAAGGAAACGGCAGCAAGAGGCUGAUAUAGGCGAAAGUAGAAAGGACGGCAAACGACCGUUCGAUGGUAACGAUAAGAGUAGGGAGCUUCCCUGA